UGGUACAUUCCCUUCUUCUUAAACCUCCCUCAUUCCCUCGCUCUCCUCCUCCUCCUCUAAUGGCGGCCAUGGCCGCAGUUCUAGCCUCGCCUUCUUGCUCCUCUCCCUCUCUGUCCUGCCAAUCCUCUUGCUCCUCUCGGAGGUCAAUCUUCGCCUGCUCCCAUCGACCUCCGCGCUCCCGAAAGAAAUCCCUCAGAAAAGGCCCUCCUGCGCGAAAAAACGGAGACGAGUUUAAAGGGGUUUCUCAGAAGAGGUUUCCAGGAAGAGGAAAGGAUGAGAGGGCGUAUCUUCCGCCGGAUGGGAGUAGAGGGGAGGCGGGUUGGUCCCAGUCGAUGGUGUUCGGGUCCGCUGGAUUGCAGAAGAAGGACAAAGAUCUGGUGUAUGAUCUCAGGGAACAGCAGUUUGACGACACUGGGAAUCUUCAAGAUGCAGCUUUUCUUAAUGCUGUUGUGAAGGUUUACUGCACGCAUACUGCACCUGAUUAUUCACUUCCUUGGCAAAAACAAAGGCAAUAUACAAGUACUGCAAGUGCUUUUAUGAUUGGUGAUGGGAAGCUUUUGACAAAUGCACAUUGUGUUGAACAUGAUACCCAGGUCAAAUUGAAGAGAAGGGGAGAUAACACCAAGUUUGUGGCUAAGGUUUUAGCUAGAGGCAUAGAAUGCGACAUUGCAUUACUCUCAGUGGAGAGUGAGGAAUUCUGGAGAGGAGCUGAACCACUUUGUUUUGGACGUCUGCCAUGCCUUCAGGAUUCAGUAACUGUUGUAGGUUAUCCUCUCGGUGGAGAUACUAUAUCUGUAACAAAGGGUGUGGUAUCGCGAAUUGAGGUUACUUCAUAUGCUCACGGAGCAUCUGAUCUGCUUGGCAUUCAAAUUGAUGCAGCAAUAAAUCCUGGUAAUAGUGGUGGUCCUGCUUUUAAUGACCGAGGGGAGUGUAUUGGUGUAGCAUUUCAGGUAUUCAGAUCUGAAGAAGCUGAAAAUAUUGGAUAUGUGAUUCCAACUACUGUUGUAUCUCAUUUUCUAAAUGACUAUGAAAGAAAUGGAAAGUAUACUGGAUUUCCUUGCCUUGGGGUCUUACUUCAGAAGUUGGAGAACCCUGCAUUGCGUGCAUGCUUAAGAGUACCAUCCAAUGAGGGUGUACUGGUCCGGAGGGUCGAACCCACUUCUGCAGCUGGUAAUGUUCUAAAAGAGGGUGACGUGAUUGUGAGCUUUGAUGGUGUUUCCGUAGGGUGUGAAGGAACCAUCCCUUUUCGAUCCACAGAACGUAUUGCUUUUCGCUACCUUAUAAGUCAAAAGUUUUCUGGUGAUGUCUCGGAGCUUGGAAUCAUCCGAGAAGGGUCCUCCAUGAAAGUCAAGACUGUUUUGCGGCCACGGGUGCAUCUGGUGCCUUAUCACAUUGAAGGGGGGCAGCCUUCUUAUCUGAUAAUUGCAGGUCUCGUGUUCACUCCACUCUCUGAACCACUGAUAGAUGAGGAGUGUGAAGAUUCAAUUGGGCUGAAAUUACUGGCUAAGGCACGCUACUCUUUAGCAAGGUUCAAAGGAGAAGAGAUUGUAAUUUUGUCCCAGAGUUACUCCACCAAGAAAAGUUAUUAUUCAUGGAGGAUGCCUCAGCUUUUUUUUCGUUUACGGGUAUUUUCCCAAGAACAAAGGAACCUUAAUGUGUAUAUUUUAAUAAAGAAUGCAUCUUAUUGUUAGGUUUCUUUGUUGUUGUUUUUUUAAUGGUAAGUCUUUUGACUGUUAAAGUCGACAAACGGAAAAUAUAGUAUCUCAUCCUGCUAACAGGUCUGCACCUUAAGCCAACCUAAUUUUCUGCAAUGAGAGGACAUGACUGUCACUGCCAGCCUCCAGCUUCAAUUGCUUACAUAGCAUGAUCACAAAGAGGCCUGAGGAGUACUGGAUUAUUCCUAUUCAACCAAUAUCUGAAUCAGAUUACCUUGUAUAUGAGACGAUGCUUUGAUUGAACAGUGAAGACUAGGGAGUCCCUUCUUGGUAGUGUGUGGAUCCUCUGUGGUCCCCACUAUGUGCCCUCCCUUGUGCCCCUGUGAUAACUGACCUGUGGGGUGGGGCCAAAAUGUACAGGUGGGAUCUUGCAGGGCUAAGAUAGGUUACUACCAUGUUCCUACUGUGUGGGCCAUUCAUAUCAUGUGCUUAAAGGCCACUAGGUGCUGGCUAUAGGAUCUAGACAUGCCACAGUAUGCAUGUAUUCAUUUAUUAUGUUCUUUUUGGCAUAUGCUGUAUCUUAUAUCUAAACAUCCUUACCUAAGUGGAUGUGUUUAUAAUCACCUAGGAUGGUAGAGUCUGAAAUAUUCUGCCUUCUUUUGCAGAGAUGAUACUUCUUUCUAUACUUGCUUAAAAAAAUUUCUCUGAUUCCAGUGGCCACUACAUGUUUUUUAGAUAUUCUUCUUUCCUCCUAUA